UAGAGAGGCUUUCCGCCGGUUGUCUGUCCGGGCUCACCCCAGCUUAUCACACACAAGCUCUCUCUCUCUCUCUCUCUCUGCUUCCACGUCUCUUCUUCCCUGCCGCCUGACUGACUCUCUGUUCGUGCCGAGUGAAGCUGUUGAUGCAAGUGAGCUUGGGUCAGCCAUGGGUAGCGCUGACGACCACGACGAGUAUGCCAAGCUCGUCCGGGGAAUGAACCCGCCGAGGGUUGUGAUCGACAACGAUGCCUCCGACGACGCGACGGUCAUCAGGGUGGACAGCGUCAACAGCCACGGCACGCUCCUCGCCGUCGUCCAGGUCAUCGCCGACCUCAACCUCGUCAUCCGCAAGGCCUACUUCUCCUCCGACGGAAACUGGUUCAUGGAUGUGUUUAAUGUCACUGACCGUGAUGGGCGAAAGAUCCUUGACAAACCAACCAUCUCCUACAUCCAAACGACGCUGGAGGCGGAGGACUGCUACUACCCGGAGGUGCGCAACACGGUGGGCAUCGUUCCGUCGGAGGAGUACACGUCCAUCGAGCUUACGGGCACCGACCGCCCGGGCCUGCUGUCCGAGGUAUGCGCGGUGCUUGCCGGGCUGAAGUGCGCGGUCCGGAGCGCCGAGCUGUGGACGCACAACACGCGCGUGGCCGCCGUCGUCCAGGUCACGGACGCAGCCACCAAGUCAUCGGGCGGCGGCGCCAUCGUAGACCACGCCCGCAUCGCCGACAUCAGCGGGCGGCUCGGCAACCUGCUGCGCGGGCAGCACGGCGUGCGCGCCGCGGAAGCCGCGGCGAGCCUGACGCACAAGGAGCGCCGCCUGCACCAAAUGAUGUUCGAGGACCGGGACUACAGCGCCGCCGGGGCCGGGCGGCCGGACCCGCGGACGGAGGUCUCCGUGACGCACUGCGCCGAGCGCGGGUACACCGUCGUGGUGGUCCGGUGCCGGGACCGGCCCAAGCUGCUGUUCGACACCGUCUGCACCAUCACCGACAUGGGGUACGUCGUCCAUCACGGCACCGUCAGCACCGAGCACGGCGACGGCGCCUACCAGGAGUACUACAUCCGCCACCUCGACGGCCACCCGGUCAGCUCCGACGCCGAGCGCCGGCGCGUCGUCGAGUGCCUCGAGGCCGCCGUCGAGCGCCGCACCGCCGACGGGCUGGAGCUGGAGGUCCGCACCGACGACCGCGCCGGGCUGCUCUCCGACAUCACCCGCAUCUUCCGGGAGAACGGGCUCACCAUCCGCCGCGCCGAGAUAUCGUCGGAGGGAGGGGAGGCCGUCGACACCUUCUACCUGUCGGACCCGCAGGGCCACCCCGUGGAGCCCAAGACGAUCGAGACCAUCCGUGCGCAGAUCGGCGAAGCCACGCUAAGAGUGAAGAACAACCCGUUCGUCGACGACGGCGGAUCAUCGUCCGACGUUGCCGCUGGGUCGACGGCGUUCCUCUUCGGGAACCUCUUCAAAUUCUACCGCCCCUUCCAGAGCUUCGGCCUCAUCAAGCUCUACUAGGAGACCAUGUCAUAUAUAGGAUACAGAUUUCAGUGUAAAUAUUAGUACAGUCCUCCCUGUCACAGGAGAAGAUGAUGACGAUGAUCAAGCUAGUCUGGGUGUAGAUAGGUCAUUGCAGACAGAGUAGUGGUACAAGCUAGCUCAGAAAAGAAAUUGGUAGAUCAGCUCGGUAAGGAUAGCAUCAUAGCAACUAGCUUAGGUUGGGUAUACUGGAAUUGGGUUUGUUCUAUAUUCUCUGUAAAUACUCAUCUUGUACAUAUCUUCUUGCUGAAAAAAUGGAUGAAUGGAGAAAACUUGUAAAUA